ACGAACGCGGAUUUCAACACUUAGUCUGACAAUUCCAAUUCAACUUUCCUUCAACAACAUCCAUCGACGACCACCAUGAUCGAUAUGGGAGACCGUCGAAGAGGCCCUUUCUCUGGGCCCACGAUCCUGCUGUUCGGUCCGCUCGCUUUGUCUUUCAACGAGGUAUCUUUCGCCCAGGUUCGUAAAACAGUGACCGAUAACGACGAAUUCCGGUGGGCUAUCGAUACCGUUUCCGAAUUCCCUCAAAUAUGGAAGUCUCUCACUACCUUUAUUCCCAGCCUCAAGACUGCGUCGGCACUUGACCAACUAGAGGACCUGAGUGAUGCCUUUCUAACAGGGCGGCCACUCGAAAUUUCCUUCCCUCUUCCGAAUAAACUUCUCAUCCCACUGGUCAUCAUCUCCCACCUCACUCAAUACGCCACAUUUUUGUGUAGCAGAACUGAGGGGCAACAUAUUGACCCAUUCGACGCAUACAGAUCAGACAGAGAGACCCUCGGACUUUGUACCGGACUUCUGAGUGCCUUCGCUGUUUCUAGUACAGGCAACAAGGAAGACUUUAAGAAGUAUGCUGCUGUCGCUGUGCGAUUAGCCAUGCUAAUCGGUACUGUCAUCGAUGCCCAAGACGAGGUUACCGAACCCUCGAAGUCCCUUAGUGCUAUAUGGAACUCUGCAGGAAGUGGCGAGGAGCUGCAACGUAUUAUGGAGAGCUUUCCAGGGGUGAGUAUUUCCGUUAACUAUGACGAGAACCGCGCCACCAUCACAACGAAGGCUUCGGCUAUUCCCAAACUGCAACAACAGCUAAGGGGUGCUGGGCUUAUCGCUUCGGAAGUUGGUCUCUAUGGACGCUUUCAUGCUGAUAUCAAUAUCGAGAAAUUGGUUUUACUCACAGAAUUUGUCGACACUCACGUCGAGUUCCAGUUCCCAGACGCUACAUCAGGCCUUGUACUUCCCACCCGGUCAAACUGCGGAGGCGAACUAAUCACGCGGGGUCCGCUGCACCAUCACGCGUUACAGUCCAUCCUAACAGAGGUACCACGGUGGUUUCAAACCAUGUCCACUGUCCGUGACAAUGUUCUGAAAAGUAAGGACUCGUACAUCUUAUCCUUCGGCCCCGAGCGCGCCGUGCCGCCAUCACUUUUUCGUGAUCUCAACUCUCAGGUAUUACAUAUGGCUGAUUCGGAGAGCACGGCUUCGCGAUGCGAAGCUUUCUCCGAGAAUGAUCUACGGCCAUUCUCCGAUAAUGACGUUGCCGUUGUGGGUAUGUCGAUCAAAGUGGCCGGCGCCGAGACCUUAGAUGACUUCUGGGACCUUUUGGUCUCCGCUAAGUCGCAGCACAAGGAAGUGCCAAAAGAGCGUUUUUCUUUCGAAACUGCUUUCCGUGAUGUUGACCCCAAGAGAAAGUGGUUUGGAAACUUUAUCGAGAACUACGACAAAUUCGACCACAAAUUCUUCAAGAAGAGCCCUCGGGAAAGCUCAAAUAUGGAUCCCCAGCAACGUCUGUUCUUCCAGUGCGCCUACCAAGCUCUAGAGCAGUCCGGCUAUUUUCAUUCUCCCGAGCCAGAAAAUAAUAUAGGUUGCUUUGUUGGUGUCUGUUCUCGCGAUUAUGAUUGUAAUAUCGCUUGCCAUUCACCUAAUGCAUUUUCUGCCACUGGUAAUCUGCAGAGUUUCAUCUCUGGUAAGGUUAGCCACUAUUUUGGUUGGACUGGUCCUGGCUUAACGAUCGAUACGGCCUGCUCCUCUUCAGCUGUAGCUAUCCACCAAGCCUGCCGUGCGAUAACCAAUGGAGAAUGUACCGCUGCCCUUGCUGGUGGCACCAAUGUUCUCACUAACCCCUUAUGGUUCCAAAAUCUAGCCGGGGCAUCGUUCUUGAGCACAACUGGCCAAUGCAAACCAUUUGAUGCUAAGGCAGAUGGUUACUGCAGAGGUGAAGGGGUAGCUGCAGUAUACCUGAAGAAACUAUCUGCUGCUGUGGCCGAUGGUGAUCAGAUCCUUGGUCUCGUCGCAGCGACAGGUGUGCAGCAAAAUGAGAACUGUACUCCUAUCUUCGUCCCGAAUGCACCGUCUCUUGCAAAUCUUUUCCAGGCCGUUACUAAAAGGGCUCGACUCAAACCCUCCCAAAUAUCAGUUAUCGAAGCCCAUGGCACCGGUACCUCCGUUGGUGACCCGGCCGAGUACCACGGCUUACGACAAGUAUUGGGUGGCCCUGCUUCUGGGCGGGAUGAGGAUAUUCUGCUAGGAUCCGUGAAGGGUCUCGUCGGCCAUACUGAGGCCACCUCAGGGGUUGUCUCCAUGAUAAAAGUUAUGCUUAUGAUCCAGAAGGGGAUGAUCCCAGCCCAGCCUAGCUACACUUCUAUGAACCCAGCCAUUGGGGCAACCCCGGCCGAUAAAAUGAGUAUCCCUACGAGUUUACAAAGGUGGGACACCAAAUUCCGAGCUGCCUUGAUCAAUAAUUACGGCGCCUCCGGUUCCAACGCUUCAAUGAUCCUCACGCAAUCCCCAUUUAUCAAUACCAAGAUAACAAAAAAUACCUCAAAGGUUCCGGCCGGUGUUAAGUAUCCAUUUUGGCUCGCUGGUUUAGAUGACCAAAGUCUCCGUCGGUAUAGUAAGGCUUUCCGCAAGUUUCUCAACAAAGAAAAUUACCCGGCAACGGAUUUCUUCCUCUCUAAUGUUUCCUUCAACUUGGCCCGUCAGAGCAACAGAUCUCUUGACAGGGCGGUCCUAUUUAGCGUGCGUUCAAUAGAGGAGCUUGACCAGAAGCUAAGUUCUCUGGAGAGAGGCGAUUCUGGCAUGAUAACCAUUACUCGGCCUGGCUCCAAACCUGUUGUGCUCUGCUUUGGGGGCCAAGUAUCGACGUUCAUAGGUUUGGAUAAAGGCCUGUACGAAAGGAUAGCUGUUCUGCGAAAACAUCUAAAUAAUGUCGAUGCGGUCGCUCGUCUGAAUGGCGCAAGGAGUAUCUUCCCUGGAAUAUUCGAAAAUUCACCCAUUAAGGAUACUGUCCAGUUGCAGACGAUGCUCUUUGCUAUUCAAUACGCCUGUGCACGAUGUUGGAUCGAAUCGGGGAUUAAACCUGUAGCAGUGGUCGGUCAUAGUUUUGGUGAACUCACUGCGCUCGCUAUCUCGCAGGUGCUUUCACUCGAAGACGCCGUGAAGUUGAUAGUGCACCGUGCGACGCUUGUCCGUGAUGCCUGGGGUAGUGAGAAAGGUGCCAUGAUGGCUGUGGAGGCAGACUUGGACGAUAUUGAGAAGCUACUUUCGGAGUCGAACAGCAGAGUUCCGCAAGAGAAGCCUGCGAGCAUUGCCUGCUACAAUGGACCACGAAGCUUUACUCUGGCCGGUUCUGUCGCAGCAAUUGACGCAGUUGCUGCUACUAUCUCGCCGUCGCUAAGGUCGAAGAGAUUGAAUGUCACAAAUUCGUUUCACUGCACCCUCGUUGAUCCUCUUAUUGAGGCCUUGGAGCAAGUUGGAAAGACGCUUACAUUUCGUAAGCCGUCUAUUCCCAUAGAAAGAGCUUCUGAGUUCCCCGAUCAGGAGAGGUACACGGCCAAGUUCAUUGCUGAUCAUAUGCGUCAUCCUGUCUAUUUUGGCCAUGCCAUUCAGCGACUCUAUAAGCAGUACCCAUCUGCCAUUUUCUUGGAAGCUGGUUCCAACUCCACCAUUACCUCUAUGGCGAGUCGUGCGCUUAGUAGUCCCGGUGAUAUUCACUUCCAAGCUAUUAACAUCACGAACGGUGAUAAAGCGUGGGAUAACCUAGUUGAUGCGACCGUGAACUUGUGGAAGGCUGGUGCGGCUAUACAGCACUGGGCGCACCAGACUGCCCAGACGAAAGAGCAUUCUCCCCUUUUACUACCACCAUACCAGUUUGAGCAAGCAACUCACUGGCUAGAAUUUAAGGUGCCUCCCAAGACAACCACGGCUUCCCCGGCACAUGCGACUGAUCCGGAAGGGGGGAGGCUCCCAGAUAGCCUCCUAACCUUUGUUGGUUAUCAGGAUAGUAAGAAACGGGUUGCCAAGUUUAGGGUGAAUACCAUGAUCCCUAAAUAUGAGAGACUCGUCGUUGCCCACGUUAUUGCGCAAACUGCGCCCAUCUGUCCAGCUACCGUGCAGCUUGACCUCGUCAUUGAGGCUGUUCGUGGUAUCCGAUCGGAGCUGGAAACAGCUAAAUUGGAGCCACAGAUACAUAUCGUACAAAACCAGUCACCCAUUUGUAUUAACCCAGCACGGGCUGUUUGGAUUGAGUUGGAGGAGGAAGGAACAAGUAAGAGUCCAUCCUGGAACUUUCGGGUCUUCAGCACGGACAUGCCUCAAGGAGCUGCCAAGACUCUGCAUACGACGGGUAGAAUUGCCUUCUACUCAACAGAGGAUUUGACAUUGAAGCUGGAGUUCGCGCGUCUUGAGCGACUUAUUGGACACGCUCGCUGCGUUGAGCUGUUGCGGAGUGGUAAUGUCGACGAAAUCCUAUCGAAUAAAAACAUAUACAAAAUAUUCUCAGAGGUUGUUGACUACGGAAAUGACUAUCGCGGCCUCCAGAAGUUGGUAGGCUGUGGAAACCAGUCCGCCGGUCAUGUUGUUAAGAAAUACAAUCCUGAGACCUGGCUUGAUGCUCACUUGGCCGAUAGUUUCUGCCAAGUUGCUGGUAUUUUCGUUAAUUGUAUGACGGACAGAGCCUCAUCUGACAUGUACAUUGCCAACGGCAUUGAACAAUGGAUUCGCUCCCCUAAACUUCGUCUUGGCGAUGCACGACCGGACAGCUUCCACGUGCUCGCAACUCAUCACCCUUCAGACAAGCAGUACCUCACCGACGUAUUCGUCUUCCAUCCUGACACCGGCGCACUGCUGGAAGCUAUCCUCGGGAUUAGUUACGUCAAGAUUCCCAAAGCCUCGAUGAGUAAGCUCCUUUCGCGUCUUACCGCCGGAGGUGCUACAGCUGCUGCGCCAUCCGAGCCAGCCAAGGUCGCGUUGUUCGAAGCUGCACCUACGGAGAUUGUUCCACCGGAUCCGGUCUCUACGAAGGGGUCCAAGCCACAAAAGGUGAACAAGCAGUCGCCUAAGUCAAGUAUAGUUCCUUGGUAUCGACUCUUUAAUGGGUAUGGAGAUGGCGCACGAGAUCGAGGCGGCUUUCAAGGUCACGUUGCCUGAAAGCGAGCUUAUGGGGAUUGUCGAUAUGCCUGGCUUGAUUAAAUGUGUGCAGAAGGCAGUAGGUGGAGAUGCCGCCAGUGAUAUAAGUGAGCAAAGCGAAGAUGAUACUUCCAGCGACAGUGAUGCCAGGUCGUGUAGCAUUAGUGAAACAUCGUCGGGGCAUCCAACCGGUCUGACAACUCCAGCAGCUGAUUACGACAAGGAUUCAUACGACGUUCUUAGUGCAUGCGAUGACGAGCUGAAGCUUCCUUUCGCUACGGUUAUGCAGGCCUUCACCGAAGUGAAAGCUCUUACAGAUGACAAAAUCGCCGAACACGGGCAGGCCAACUAUUUUGACACGGUGAUGCCAUUGCAGACAGAUAUGUGCGUCGCACUCACACUCGAGGCAUUCGAUCAACUCGGACAACGUCUUCGCGAGGCGAAACCGGGAGACAAAUUGCGCCGAAUUUCCCAUCCGAAGGAGCAUGGCCGUUUAGUCGACUAUCUCUACCUAAUGCUGGAGAAGGAGGCUCACAUUAUCAAUGUUAACGGCGAUACUAUUACCAGAACUGCCACGGCAGCGCCGGCAAGGCCGAGUAAGGAGAUU